AUGCCAGAUUCCGACACUCCAUCCGUUGAUGCCUACGCGGCUGAAAUUGUAUCGCUGAUCAAUGGCUUCAACAUCGACGAGGCGAAGCAUCAUCUUUCACGUUUACGUUCUGAUCUGGAUGAUCGCAUCACGCAAUAUAGGUCGACAUACAUCGCGGAAGCCACUGAUCCUGUCGGUUAUGGUGUCCGUCUCUCUUUCGGGAAGGUUUUGCUAGAGCGUUACUUGCUGUUCGGUGACCUUCCUCUGUUGGAGGAAUCAAUCGUUGCGCUGCGCGGCUUACUAGCGUCAGAUGUCGUGCGCGAUCAUCAUCCUUUAAUCGAAGAUUCCCUCGACGCCCUGGGUGACGCGCUGUCUGCUCGGUACGAACACACAACCGAGCUGGACAACGCCCUGGAAGCGAUCACUCAUCAUCAACGGAGCUUAGACCUCCGCAAAGCUAACAACCUUGCCCUAUACCCCGCUCUCCACGGUCUUGGCGCCGCUAUACAUAUCAGGAACUAUGGCGAUAUCCCUCGCCCUUCUUUUCCGCUUGAGGAAUUUCGACGGGCCGCCGACCUCUUGAACGAGGCAUUGGCUACCUUAUCCCCAUCCGACCCUCGGAGACUCCGUACUUUCAGCUAUCUGCAACGAGUUUAUCGUGACAUGAGCCGUCGGAGUAGCUCCUAUACUCUCUCAUAUCGCGCCGCCCGCGAUGCCUUAGUCAUCACUUCGACAGAGCAUCCAUAUCACCUUCUUGCUGUCCUCGCCGGAGCGAGAGUCCUCUCUAUCCCGUGGGGCAAUUCAACGGGUACCUUGCCUUUAUACGAAGGAACCCCAUACCGAGAUUGUGCGAAAGCCGUGGGCUAUGUCUCAGAUCUCAUGGCGCACAUAAACCACCCGCACUACGGCUCCUCGCUGAGCCGCCACGUCAUGUGGCUCAGCAACAUCGCAAACGCGGAUGAAUUCGAUGGCAUCUUAUCACAGGCUCGUCGUGCAUUCGAAGUAUGCCCCAAGCGCAGCAUUCCGAUCCUCAACGUAUCAGUCGGGUUGAUCGGAGCGCUGGGCGAUGCGUACGCUGCCAGCGGUCAAUCGGAGUACGUUGACGAGCAAAUUGCCGUCGCAAGGGUCGCGGUCGCAUCGCAAUCUCGGCCCGGGCGAAGACCGUUCCGUCCUUUGCUGUAUAAUCUCGCCAGUGGACUGUACAACAGGUACAAAUCAGGCGGAAGGGCAGACGACCUGAAAGAGGCAGUCUCGAUCGCCUUGGACUGCGUUUCGCCGAUCGCCGAGGCUCCCAACCCGGGCGAGCUGCUAUACAUGGUUCUUGCGGGGAGCUUGCUUAUAGCGCGUUAUAGCCUGACACAGGAUAUAGCUGACGUCGACGCCGCUCUCGAUAUCGGGAGACGUUGCAUACCCGUGGUACCCGAGAACAACCCCGAGAUUUAUAUCUCAGUCAUUGCUAUGGCUCUGGAGCUGCGGUUCAAGCGCGUCGGCAAUCUUGAUGACCUACAGGAAGCCAUUAAGCUCCUGCGCCCUCUCUUGCACCGUCUAUCACUUUAUCAAGUGAGAUUCACCCUGGACCUCCUAGCCAGUCUAUCACGGUGCCUUUGCCUGCUUGCGCGUGCAGUCCGGGGGCCUGAACACGCGCGGGAGGCCCUUUCAUUUCGUCAACAGGCUCGGGAACUUAUACAAUCUAACGAUCUUCGGACAAGCGAAUACAUUCGAGGCUGUGCUCAGGAACAUGCCUGCUUGUGGAUGCUCGUCGGAGACACGCGUCACCUCUCCGAAUCCGUGCGGUUCUUCUCGGAGGGCGCGAUGAAUGCCCGAUUUCCUUUACAUUCUCGUUUCGCAUGCGCCGUUGAGUGGAGCAACGCAUGUCGGGACGCCGACCCUCAGAUCCGCUCCGAAGCGCUGCAAUGCGCGGUGACCUUACUGCCACAAGCCAUCCUGUUCGGUAACCUACGCGAGAGACUUGAAGCACUUAAGCAGGCGCCUGGUAUCGCGCGGGAUGCCGCCAUCCACGAGCUCUCACGCUCACGCACCGACGUCGCCGUCGAGCUGCUGGAGCAAGGUCGCGCCGUCUUCUGGAACCGUGCCCUCAACUCAAGGCGGCGCGGACAAAAUCUACCGAACGACGUUGAGCGUCGUCUAACGGAGAUCAUGCGGACGAUUGAUCUCGAGGCAGCGGACGAUGGGCAGCUACUAACUCGACGUAAAAAUCUUCACGUGGAAUUGGAGGCCUUACUGAAGGAGGCGCGAUCGACCCCUGGGUAUGAGCACCUACUUCGAACUCGUCCAUGGCGCGAGCUGUCUACCGUGGCUCGAGACGGGCCGAUUGUCGUCCUUUUGGCGAACGAGACGUGCGCUGUGGCUCUUAUUAUUCAGGACGCGAAGCCGCCUCGGUACAUCACUCUACCAGGGAUUGACGCUUGUGUCCUCGAGGAUCUUAACAUCGACAUGCAUGAAACUUUAGACAACGAGCGUCGCAAACGCUUUAACAAUGGAUCGUCGAAGAGGUACCAAAAGAUGCCUCCUCCGACUGCACUCAAAUCACGCCGAGGUGAUUCCGGGUUGCUGUCGUGGAAGGAUAUCCUGGAGCGUCUCUGGGACCUUGUUGUCUGCCCCAUUUUCGAAACGAUGGAACUGAAGGUGCUCAUUUCUUCUCUUGGUUCGGGUACUUACUAA